AUGUCCUUCUCAGCCGAUGGCGAUGGCCGUCUCGACUUCAAAGCCCGCAUCCAAAACAUGGAUAACGACAACUGGAAAGAAGGCCACACACGAGUCGCCGGCCAAAAGCGCUUCAAAUCUUCCGCCAAAAUCAAUUUCAUAGAGCGUGUGAAGCACUUGACGUGGGCUUGGUUCACGUUUGUUAUGAGCACGGGCGGUAUUGCGCUGUUGCUGCAUUCUACGCCUCACCAGUUUCGAGGUCUAGAGGUCAUUGGCAAGAUCUACUUUAUUUUGACGAUAGUACUCUUCAUCGCUAUCGUAUCGGGUCUUGUUCUGCGAUUUAUGACCACACCUGGGGCGUUGGGAAAAAGCUUGAUGCAUCCAACUGAGAGUCUCUUCUUCCCUUGCUUUCUACUCAGCAUCGCAACACUUAUUGCCAAUUCAACUGCAUAUGGAAUUCCUGCUACGGGGUCUUGGCUGGCUACCGCUUUGCGAGUGUGCUUCUGGAUAUACGCCGCUAUAUCGAUCAUAGCAGCCAUAGCACAAUACUUCGUCCUCUUUACCGGCGCGCAUCUUCCCAUCCAUUCCAUGACACCAGCUUGGAUCCUACCAAUCUUCCCGGCAAUGCUUACCGGGACUCUCGCCUCUUCGCUUAUGUCCUCCCAAAGUCCCGAGCACCGCAUGUCAAUGUUGGUGGCCGGUGUUACUUUCCAAGGCUUGGGAUGGACUGUGGCGUUUCUCUUAUACCCGCUGUAUCUCGGAAGGUUGAUGCAAGAUGGUCUCCCGGCACCAGCAAUGCGUCCUGGUAUGUUCAUUGCCGUAGGCCCAGCUGGAUACACCUCCGUUGCAAUCAUUGGAAUGGCUGGAUCGCUCCCAGAAGGCUACGGGUACUUCGCAACAUAUCCAAUGGCACGGGAGGUUCUGCAGGUACUGGCGCUCUGGAUAGGGGUAUGGAUUUGGUGUGUUGGAUUCUGGUUCUUUGGCUUUGGACUCCUUGCUGUCCUGUCCUCUGCUUUCAGGUGGAAAUUACAGUUCAGCAUGUCUUGGUGGGCUUUUGUCUUCCCAAACAUCGGCUUCACCCUUGCCACGGCAAACAUUGGAAAGGAGUUACAAAGCGAAGGGAUAAUGUGGGUAGCAAGUGUUUUGACGAUAAUACUCGUCAUUAUGUGGUUCGUUGUACUGUAUGCAAUGGUCUCUGCAGUCAUUCGCAAGAAGCUUCUAUGGCCUUCGCGGGAUGGAGAUGAGUCGUAG